CGCCAUUAUUCCCAAGGUAGAAACCCACUCCCCUCUGCAUACAUACAUAUAUAGAAGAUCAAAAGUAACCAAGUCUCGGAAUGCAGAUUGCCACCCUCUGCUUCCUCAACGCGUCGCAGAUCUGCAUGAUGGUGAAGCGGCUGUACGUGCACGAGAAGAUUUACGACACGUUCCGCGACCAACUGGUGGCAUUUGUGCAAAAUUACAAAGUCGGGAAGGGCACUGAACCAGGCGUCUUCAUCGGACCCAUCCAGAACAGCAUGCAGUUCGACAAGGCCAAGGAGAUGUUCAAGAGUGUCGCGGCCGACGGACUCAAAGCGGCUGUGGGCGGUGUCAUCACCGACUCGGACGGCUACUUCGUGCAACCGACCAUCAUCGACAAUCCACCAGACUCGGCGCGAAUCGUGCGCGAGGAACCCUUCGCUCCGAUCAUGCCCAUUCUCAAGUGGUCCGACGAGGAGGACGUGCUGCGGCGCGCCAACGACUCGGAGAGUGGCCUGGGCGCGUCCGUCUGGUCCCGUGAUCUGGAGAAGGCGCAACGAAUGGCCGAUAGACUGCAGGCGGGCAGUGUUUGGGUCAAUACGCACUUUGAAUUGGAGCCGGGGAUGCCGUUCGGAGGACACAAGACGAGUGGCAUUGGGACGGAGUGGGGAGUCAGUGGGCUGAUGCAGCAUUGCAAUAGCCAAACCAUGUGGAUCAAGAAGAAUCCAUGAUUGUAUAUAACGUUAAAUGAGAAUAUUAGCGCCCUGUCCACCA